UUGUAUCGAUUGCUCAAUAAACACAGCCAACGCAGUGAGUGCUGCAAAACGUUUCAAACAUUAUUAUCAUGAUAAUUUGUAUUAUUUUCAGAUUAACGUUGAUAAGAUAUAGCUAAUUCCAAUCGGGCUUCAAUAACGACCUGAUAGUGUAGUUCAGUGAUAUUUAGGUGAAUGACACGUGUGCUGCCAAAAAGCGGAUAAAUCUGAUAAAUAGACCGUGCAUUUUGGUGCAAUAACUGCAACAAGUGGGAUUGUCGAAUUAAAAUAUAUUAGUGAAAGAGGAAUAACUGCUAAAUCCUUGUCAAACUGGACGACUUUGAAUUGGAGGAUAUAGACGAUUUCGCCAUGGAUUUCUGGGGCAUAUUCAUGUUCUUCCUGCUCACCUUCCUCAUCAUGAGUUGCUGCGGAUAUUGUUGCACCACCAGACGCCAGGGUGCCGUUCUGUCCACGCCCGUGGUGGUGACUUCCGCCACGCACACAGCUCCCGGCGGAUAUCCGGUCACACAGCUGCCUCCGCCAGGCUAUCCGGCGGGCAAUGCCUACGUAACUUCACCCUCGUACCCAACACAGAGCAGCGGCAACGUGACUGUACAGAUGCCCAUGCCGAUGCCCCACCAGAACCAGCAGCAAAUGCCAAUGCCGAUGCCCGGUGUGCACACUGUGGGGUAUCCUCUGUACCCUGACGCCGGGGCUGCCAGCAGGAAUCCUCCGCCGUAUGACAUGGCCAUGGCUAAUCCAGGACCCAGUGUUAUGCCCGCCGGAUAUGAGAAGCAGGCUCCGUACAAUCCCCACUUUGGCCAGUGAAAUCCCAAUGUGUACUGGAUCCCGGAUCCCCUUUCUUUCUCAAUAUAACUUUUUUACUCAGCUAAACAUUUUACUAUCCAUUUAUCCUUUCAUUAUAUAAUUCCAAACUCGUGGGAAAAAACCAAAGUGAAUGCGAUCGCACAACGAGCCAUUUAUGUAUUCCUUGUGAUGUUUGUAAAUUGUACAUAUAACUUAAGAGCAACGUAUUAUUUAUACAUCUACUUUAAGCAAAUCCAAAAGGAAAACAAAACUGAACUACAUGAAGUGUUAAUUGUAAUAAACCAGUGAAGUGCACAUCAAAUACAACUGCAGCAUAUUUGUUUCGAUGUGCACUUUCACGAAAUCACAAAACAAGAAA